GCCAGCCUCUGAGGCCAGGACUGUCCUGCGGAUGGCUGAGAGUCCUCUGGGGCCUGGCAACUCUGAAAAGAUUUCGUCACCAGAAGGUUUGGGGGGACAUUACGAAACCACUUGUUUUCGUGGCUGCCUGCAGGUGACCAUGGCUGUGUGAGUGUCUGCCAUGGCCAACCGGAAGCGUCAGAGCACGGCGAGCAGCAUGCUGGACCACAGGGCGAGGCCGGGCCCCAUCCCCCAUGGCCAGGAGCCAGAGAGCGAGGAUGCAGAGUUGCCCCUGGAGGAGUACGUGCCCAAGGGCCUGGAACUGGCCACCCUGCGGCCUGAGAGCCCCACGCCCCCGGACCAGGGGUGCCACGACCACAGCCCUGAUGGGGACUCCAGCUCUGACUACGUGAACAACACCUCCGAGGAGGAGGAUUACGAUGAGGGCCUCCCCGAGGAGGAGGAAGGCAUCACCUACUACAUCCGCUACUGCCCUGAGGACGACAGCUACCUGGAGGGCAUGGACUGCAACGGGGAGGGGUACCUGGCCCACGGCACACGCCACCUGGAGACGGAUGAGUGCCAGGAGGCAGUGGAGGAGUGGACAGACUCGGCAGGCCCCCACCCGCAUGGCCACGGGGACGAAGGCAGCCCAGACUACCGGGACAGCCACCUACCCAUCCCGGAGGACGAGGCCUCCGUCCUGGAGGCCCAGGACCAGGAAGAAGGUGUCCACUACUGCCCCAGUGAAGAGGGCUAUGAGGACUACUACCCCACAGAGGCCAACGGGAAUGCAGGCAGCGCCUCCCCUUAUCGCCCGAGGCGUGGGGACGGGGACCUGGAGGACCAGGAGGAGGACAUCGACCAGAUCGUGGCUGAGAUCAAGAUGAGCCUGAGCAUGACCAGCAUCACCAGUGCUGGGGAGGCCAGCCCUGAGCAUGCACUGGUGCGGGGGCCUGAGCCGGGGCCCGGGGACUCCACAGAGGCUAGUCCGCCCAGCGAGGCCAGCCAUGGCCCUAGCAGACACGAGGGAAGGCCCAAGUCACUGAACAUCCCUCCAGAGGCCAAGCACUCCGGAGACCCCCAGAGAGGCUUCAAGACCAAGUCCAGGACUCCAGAGGAGAGGCCGAAGUGGCCCCAAGAGCAGGUUUGCAAUGGCUUGGAGCAGCCGAGGAAGCAGCAGCGCUCUGAUCUCAAUGGACCUGUGGACAAUAACAACAUCCCAGAGACAAAGAAGGUGGCAUCAUUUCCAAGUUUUGUGGCUGUUCCAGGGCCCUGUGAACCAGAAGACCUCAUUGAUGGAAUCAUCUUUGCUGCCAACUACCUGGGGUCCACCCAGCUGCUCUCAGAACGUAACCCUUCCAAGAACAUCAGAAUGAUGCAGGCACAGGAGGCCGUCAGCCGGGUCAAGAGGAUGCAAAAGGCCGCUAAAAUCAAGAAGAAAGCGAAUUCCGAGGGGGAUGCCCAGACCCUGACCGAAGUGGAUCUCUUCAUCUCCACCCAGAGGAUCAAGGUGUUAAAUGCGGACACACAGGAGACUAUGAUGGACCACGCCUUGCGCACCAUCUCCUACAUCGCAGACAUUGGGAAUAUCGUGGUGCUGAUGGCCAGGCGCCGCAUGCCCCGGUCGGCCUCGCAGGACUGUAUCGAGACCACCCCUGGGGCCCAGGAGGGGAAGAAGCAGUACAAGAUGAUCUGCCACGUGUUCGAGUCUGAGGACGCCCAGCUGAUCGCACAGUCCAUUGGCCAGGCCUUCAGCGUGGCCUACCAGGAAUUCCUGCGGGCCAAUGGCAUCAACCCCGAAGACCUGAGCCAGAAGGAGUACAGUGACAUCAUCAACACCCAAGAGAUGUACAACGACGACCUCAUCCACUUCUCCAACUCUGAGAACUGCAAGGAGCUGCAGCUGGAGAAGCACAAGGGCGAGAUCCUGGGCGUGGUGGUGGUGGAGUCAGGCUGGGGCUCCAUCCUGCCCACGGUGAUCCUGGCGAACAUGAUGAACGGCGGCCCGGCAGCCCGCUCAGGGAAGCUGAGCAUUGGGGACCAGAUCAUGUCCAUCAACGGCACCAGCCUGGUGGGGCUGCCCCUUGCCACUUGUCAGGGCAUCAUCAAGGGUCUGAAGAACCAGACGCAGGUGAAGCUGAACAUCGUCAGCUGUCCGCCGGUCACCACGGUCCUCAUCAAGCGGCCUGACCUCAAGUACCAGCUGGGCUUCAGCGUGCAGAACGGGAUUAUCUGCAGCCUCAUGCGAGGGGGAAUUGCAGAGCGAGGAGGCGUCCGAGUUGGCCACCGCAUCAUCGAGAUCAACGGGCAGAGUGUGGUGGCCACGGCCCACGAGAAGAUCGUCCAGGCUCUCUCUAACUCGGUGGGAGAGAUCCACAUGAAGACCAUGCCGGCCGCCAUGUUCAGGCUCCUCACGGGCCAGGAGACCCCGCUGUACAUCUAGGCCCACCCAGCCUGCACUGCCCAGCCUGCCUGGGUUCAGAGGAGCCGGAAAGGCUGGACCCGGGACCUGACCCCUGACCCCCACAGCCCAUCCAAGGACACUGGCUCCUCUGAAGGGCCUGCCCUCACCACCCACUUUUUUUUUUUUUUUUUUUUUG